ACAGCAGCGCUGAUAAGCGAAAAGACUUUUUAACCGUUUUUCGUCACAUCUCCCAACCUUACACUUCUUCUCGCGUCUUGCCCAAAGUGAGUUUCAUUCUACAACCAAAGUUGCGAAAUAAAUAUGGCAACAGACAAAAAAAAGCACACACACACACACACACAAGCCUGCUAAUCAAAGUUUGUGUUUUUAGCGCGUUUGAAUCCGCGUGAAGUGAGGGUGUCGGUCGGUGUGAGAGCUGCACUGUGCUGCUGGUGUGGUAAAUUGGUGACAAUAUAACCCAACGAGACAGUUUUGACCGUUUUCGAACAAAAGUGUUCUCUCUGUCUAAUCGUUCUCAGUUAUUCCCACGCUGAGAUAGCAACGCGAGAGAUUGCGAGUACGACGGCGGCUUUAUUUUUUCUCAGUCAAGAAACGGUCAGAGAUUUGACCGUACAAACUCAUACGCUGCACUCUCAUAACCGGCGGUUCUGUACAUUUGUGUGCGUGCAUGUUAACCGAUUUUCUUUUCUAUAACACGUCGCUGACUCUUCUUUACAUUCUUCAUCGUAUUUUACCUUCGUUUAGUGUUAUUGUGGUUUCAUGUCAACUUGCGAACAGGCAGAAGUUUUGUGUGAAGUUUAUGGUUUUAUGUGAACAUUUUGAUUUUUUUUUUAAAUGUCGGAUAUAAAACGUGCACGGAAAAGUGGAAGAUUUUACCGGCGGUCGAACAAGUUUAAGGCGCUGAAUCCAUCAGUUGAAAUUGGACAAGAAGCGACACAAGCUGAAACAUGCCCCCAAUCGUUACCUUUAGAUCUAUUUGAAGAUGAAUCUACAGUACCACCAAUCGGUAUAAAUGAACCCCAAAUUGAGGAAGAAGAUGAACCAUUGGUAGAUUACAUGUUUUCUGACAAUGAUGAUGAGGAUGACGAUAGUUUUUUGAAAAAUGACAAUGCUCUAACGCUGGAUAAGUUGUCCGUAGUAGACGGAAUUCGAUAUUGGGCAUUGUCAACAAAUGCCACGCAUAAGUCCAUUGACAUGGUGUUAAAGUUAUUCCGAAAGGUUAAUGUAAAAGUCCCUGCAACUGCUAAAACCUUGCUGCAAACGAAACGCGACGCAUCGUCAGAAAUAAUGGAAAUUGGAGGAGGACAAUUUUGGUACCAUGGCAUUAAAAAGAGUUUGUGUAAUUACUACCGGUAA